UCAUCCUUCAAGGGCUGUGUCCACUCUGACCUCCUCCAACCUGAGCAGCCUCCUAAGAAGAUGGCAGCAGUCUUGAUUCUUCUGACCUUUCUUCUGCCACUUGGAGCUGGUGCAGAGGAGAUCAUCGGGGGCCAUGAGGUCAAUACCAACCACCGCCCCUACAUGGCAUUAAUUGUAUCCGUGCAUGGUGAUGGGAAAAGGCAUCGCUGCGGAGGCUUCCUGGUGCGAGACAACUUUGUGCUGACAGCUGCUCACUGCAGGGGAAGCGCAAUGAAAGUCAUUCUAGGAGCCCACAACAUCAGGAUCCAGGAGGAGACCCAGCAGAUCAUUCCUGUGGCAGAACACAUCCCACACCCAGACUACAAUCCUAAGGAUGGCUCCAAUGACAUCAUGCUCUUAAAGCUGGAGAGGACGGCUAAGAGGACUAAAGCUGUGAGACCCCUCAACCUGCCCAGGCGCAAGGUCCUUGUGAACCCUGGGGAUACAUGCUACGUGGCUGGUUGGGGAAAGUUGGCUCCAAAUGGUAAACUCUCAGAUACAUUGCAAGAGGUAGAGCUGAGAGUCCAGAAGGAUCAGGAGUGUGAGUCCCGCUUUCCAGGUUGUUACAACAAAACCAUUCAGAUCUGUGUGGGGGACCCAAAGAUCCAUCGUACUGCUUCUGUUGGGGAUUCUGGAGGGCCUCUCGUGUGUAAAAAAGCAGCCGCAGGCAUUGUCUCCUUUGGGGAUGAAAAUGAUUCAGCUCCAUGUGUCUUCACCAGAGUGUCAAGUUUCCUAUCCUGGAUAAAGAAAAUGAUGAAACCCAACUAA